AUGUGGGACCGGCUGAGGCCCAACGCGGCGGGCGCAACCGUUGGAGGAGCAGGCGCAGAAGCCGCACCAGAAGCAGGAGCAGGAGCAGGAGCAGGAGCACCAGGUGCAGGUGCCCCUCAAAAGAUGACGAUGGCGCCUGCCCGACAAGGCCGUGACGUCUCGCCUUUUGCCUUCCCCUACGACAACACAUCAACCGGUGUCACCACAACCAUCACCGCCAACGCCCACUGGACCGACGACUUUCACGCCACCAAGACCAAGACGAAGAAGACGCGGCCUGGCGACGCGAGCCCGAGUCUUUCUUCCCCCAGCCGCCUCAGCGGCGACGAUGACAAUGUCUCACCCAUCGAGGAGGCCCCCGUCAUGUCCCAGCUAGACAUCGCCAAGCAGCAUCACCGACGAUUUCUCGAGGACCACCAGCGAAAGCAGCAGCAACAGCAGGAGCUCGAGAAGGGCCAGCGCCAACCACAGCAAGCCUCGCCCUCACCGCACCAGCGGAGCCAGAUUCCCAUGAUGCGCCGCGACCGCCGCAAGCAGCAGGACAACGCGGCAAGCCAACUUCGCGAGACCCGGCCCAAGGAGCUGCUUCACGGUCAGCCCAGUCAAACCACCAGAUGGGACGAUCAAACCGGAAAGCCCAUCCACGACGGCAGCCCGAGCCACCAACCCCACCAGCAGCUGCCGCCUGCGGCCACCCAACGGAACCCCAUGAAGGCCUUUGGCGACCGCGUCCGGAAGAUGAGGCCCGCCAUGGGUGACGGCAACAGCGCCAAGCCCGCCAUCUCAGCCCCCAUCACGGCGCCCAUGUCCAUCGACGAACGCCCCGGCUGGCGUGGUGCAAGCGGCCGCCAGACCUUUGUGCAGUCGGUGCAGGACACGCCGCAGGUCGCGCCCAUUCACAUCCCUCGGAAGAGUAGCAAGAGGGCCGCAACCCAAGUCGCUCGUGCCGGCGGCGUCACCUCUCCUUUAUCGCCCAUCAGCCCCUCCUCCGAGUCUGAAACGUCAGCCGCUGCCACGACGCCCACGGGCCCCCGAGUCGCGCCCAUGAGCCUGGACCGUCCGCUGCCCACGCCGCCGCCGCCGGCCGCACAAGAGACGGCAUUGUCGUAUCUUACCCCUCCAACUUCCGAAGGUGCUGUACAGCCCCCGAUUCAUGCGAUGCCCACUCUGGGCGACCAAGCAGCCGACGCCAACCAACAACCCGGCUCCCUGCCCUUGACCCCUAAUCGCGGGCCUCCCACCAAGGCCAUUCGUAGAAAACCACCACCGACGAACCCUCUCGGCCUCAAUCCUCACAACGCGCACGCCCCGCACGCUUCAUUUUCGUCCAGUGUCUACUCGACUCAACUUCUGCCGGACGCCGCCGAGGACCCGUCACCCCAGCCUGCUGCGACGACAUCCGACGAUUGGGUGCAGCCCCCUUCGAGAUUUAGUGUCACGACGUUUGCGACAUCAGUCAACGCAGGCUCCCCUCGCACCUCUUCCGACGCCGAUCUUCCCUCCCCUGCCGACGCCCCCUCGUCAUGGAUCGCGACGACCUCUGCGAAAGAGCCACGAAAGCCCCGCAUCAACGCCGACGAACCCUUCAAAAUCUCCAUGUCUUCAGCCUACACCACGAGCCCCGACCCUGCGUCGCCUUCGCUCACGACUGCCCGCCAGAAGCUUCCCAGCCAGGUCGAUCGCCCGGCGCCGCGCAGCAGUGUCAAUUCCGGUAUCUACAACGCGACCAACGGCCGUCCCGAGUCCAUUCUGUCCUUGAGCAAAGCGCUGCCGCCGGCGCCACCCGAGCUCUCAUCUGUGAACGAUCGCGUCGGCCACCUCAAUGCGCGCCUCAGCUCCCUGGGCAACCGCCGCAUCAACAUCAACAUGGCCAUCAAGCAAAUGACGGAGCUCAUGCCCACCGACAACCUACUCGCGAGCGAGGCCGUCUUGCGCAAGCGCGAAGCCGAGAAGCGCAAGGUCCGAGGCGCUCAAGGUCGAGCUUGCCGACGUGCAACGCCGAGGAGUAUGAGCUUCGGUCUGAAAGCUGCCCCGCGCGUACAAGCGACUCGACAAGGACGCCGAAGUAUGAAGCCCCACGACGCUGUUGGGUGA